GUGCCGGGUCAGGAUGGAAAGGCUUACACAGGCAGGGGAGGAAACAUGUCAUGAGAGGUGAUGACACAGCCACAGAGACGUAUCCACAUCCUCACUGACUCCCAACUUCGCUGCCCGCUGCUGCUUCUACCGCUGCUGCUGCUGUUGCUGCAUCCCACAGAGGAGAGAGGGAGCCAAAGAUAGCCUCCAUUCUCUCUCCCCACCUCUCUCUCUUCCUCUCUUUUUCACUUUGUUUGUGGAUGAUGGGAUUUUAAUCAUGUGGAAGACAGCUGAGCGGCUCUUCUGGAUUUCGCUGACACUGCGCCUGGUCCCGCCUGGCCUUUUCUGAGCAGGAUGGACACUCUGGAGUCAGAGCUGACCUGCCCAAUCUGCCUGGAGCUCUUUGAAGACCCACUUCUGCUCCCCUGUGCCCACAGCCUUUGCUUCGGCUGCGCCCACCGCAUCCUUGUCUCCCACUGCACCACCAACGAAUCUAUUCAGAGCAUCAGCGCCUUUCAGUGCCCCACCUGUAGAUAUGUCAUUUCUCUGAGUCCAGAGCGUGGAUUAGAAGGACUUAAGAGAAACGUGACCUUGCAGAACAUUAUCGAUAGAGUUCAGCGGGCCUCAUCUUCAGCUGGGCUCCCUCUACCACUGCCGCUGCCUGCGCCCCACAGUGGGCCCAACUCUCCCAGCGAGGAAGGGAGCAACCGGUUGGCGCUGGUCCCUGUUAGCGCCGCCAUGUCUAGCCCAGGCACACCUCCUGAACCGGUCCAGUGCCAGUUCUGUGAGCAGGACCCCCCACAGGAUGCUGUCAAGACAUGCGUGACAUGCGAGGUGUCUUACUGCGAGGAAUGCCUUAGAGCGACACACCCUAACAAGAAGCCGUUUACCGGCCACCGGCUCAUUGAGCCCAUGCCUGACUCCCACCUUAGAGGGCUCCAGUGUCUGGAGCACGACGAGGAGAAGGUAAACAUGUACUGUGUCACUGAUGAUCAGCUGAUCUGCUCGCUGUGCAAACUGGUUGGAAGGCACAGGGACCACCAGGUGGCAGCACUGAGUGACCGCUAUGAAAAACUCAGGCAAGCCCUGGACUCCAACCUGAGUAAUUUGAUCAAGAGGAACAAUGAGCUGGAGUCACUUAUGGGGAAACUGAUCCAGACUUGUCAACAUGUAGAGGUGAACGCGUCCCGCCAGGAGGGCAAGCUCAUGGAGGAGUGCGAUCUCCUGAUUGACAUUAUUCAGCAGAGGAGGCAGAUCAUUGGCAGCAAGAUCAAGGAGGGGAAGACACAAAGGCUUCGGAAGCUCGCCCAACAAAUCUCCAACUGCAAGCAGUGCAUCGAGAGGUCCUCGGCCCUCAUCACACAGGCCGAUCAGACGCUGAAAGAAACCGAUCAUGCUCGCUUCCUGCAGACCGCCAAGAGCAUCAACGAGAGGGUGUCCAUGGCAACCGCAUCAACCCAAGUGCUGAUCCCUGAGAUACACCUAACAGACACCUUCGACACCUUCGCCCUGGACUUCACCAGAGAGAAGAAGCUGCUGGAGACUCUGGAUUACCUCACUGCUCCAAGUGCUCCGUCCAUAAGGGAAGAGUUGUGCACUGCUUCCUACGACACUAUCACAGUCCACUGGACAUCUGAUGAUGAAUUCACAGUGGUGUCCUAUGAGCUCCAGUAUGCCAUCUUCACUGGACAGUCCAACAUUGCCAGUCUCUGUAACUCAUUGGAGAGCUGGAUGAUUGUUCCCAACAUCAAGCAGAACCACUACACGGUGCACGGCCUGCAGAGCGGCACCAAGUAUAUCUUUGUUGUCAAGGCCAUUAACCAAGCGGGAAGUAGGAGCAGUGAACCAGGAACUUUGAAGACCAACAGCCAGCCAUUCAAGCUGGACCCAAAAUCAGCUCACAAGAAGCUGAAAGUGUCUCACGAUAACCUAACAGUGGAGCGGGAUGAAACCACAUCCAAGAAAGGCCAUAGCCAGGAUCGGUUCUCCAGCCAGAGCAGCUAUGGCGUGGUGGGAAAUGUCUAUAUUGACAGUGGGCGUCACUAUUGGGAGGCUCUGAUUGGAGGUAGCACAUGGUACGCUGUGGGUAUAGCCUACAAAUCAGCCCCCAAGCAUGAGUGGAUUGGCAAGAACUCGGCCUCCUGGGUGCUUUGCCGCUGCAACAACUCUUGGGUAGUUCGCCACAACAGCAAGGAGCUGGCUAUUGAGCCAUCACCCCACCUGCGACGCGUUGGGAUCCUGUUGGACUACGACGCCGGAUACCUGACCUUCUAUGAUGCUGUGGGCUCCCAGCACCUGCAUACAUUUCACGUCUCCUUUAUCCAGCCCGUGUGUCCUGUGUUUAACGUGUGGAAUAAGUGUUUGACGGUUCUCACUGGUCUACCCAUCCCAGACCAUCUAGAGGGACUGGAACCCGUAACCUGAAAGCUACAGACAGACAUGAAUAAAUCAGCAUAAACUGGCCUCAUUAUCUUAAAGCUGCACUGGGCAUAUUUGUGAUAAUACUCAUGCUUGCAUAGAGAACAGAAAAGUGUUCCAUCCUCUUAAAUUCACUAAGAUUAUAGUGAUUAAAUUCUGCUUAUGUGAACAUUUACACACACAGAUGCAGUUACAAAACAGUGAGUGAAAUAUAAACUGCCUCCUAACCAGAAGCUAACAAGCACUUUGUCCAAAAAGCUGAAUUCAUAAUUGCUUGAUUAUUUCUUCAUUUCCCAUUUGGUUUUCUUUGGUACAUACCACUAUAGACCAGCUAUUUUUGGUAAAAAUGAGCAUGUGAGUAAGCCAAUGACAUAACUUUCUCAAUCAAAAUAGUUCACACUUGCUACUAUUAGUGCAAAGUUGCCUAGUGCAGUUUUAAUUAAGACAAAAAGGAGAACUUCCUGAGGUCUUCUCAUUAGUGAUUUCCAAUUGGUUAUUAUGAUUUAUAAAAGCAAAUAUGAUGCUGGUUCAUGUUGUAUUUGACUCAAAAAGACUUAGUGAAAACCUAUUCUAGAUGGAGGGCAAUAAGCUGGAGUCAGCUCAGAGGAAACCAGGACAAAUGGACCUUGUUGGACCAGAAAUUCCUUCUCUAAGGCACUUUGGGCUACGAUGGGCAUAUUUGUACCACGGCAACUAGGAAACAAGCCACAAAUCAGUUUUUUUGUUUCAUUUGUUUAACACCAUUUUAUCAGAUAUAGCACUUUGAAAAUCCCUUACACACAAAUACACACACUGCAUACACACACUGCAUACACACACACACACACACACACACACACACACACAACACACACACACACACACACACACAAACAUGAGUGCAUACACACAGGCAACCCCUACUUUAAUCGAUCACAGUUGCUGAAAGAGCAGGUGUAUAUUUUGUAAAUUCAUAGUCAUCCCCCCUUAUCUUUCCCUCCUUCAUUAAAAAGGAACCAAAGUAGCCAUUGCUGUCUGUUCACUUGUCUUUGCAUAAAAUUUUACUCUUAAUAAAUGCUGAAUUAUUUUUAAAAAGUGACAUAGAGAGGAAAUAGCAUUAUGCUAAUAUUAAAAGCAAAGGAUUCCUUUAAAUCUAGACCUUGUUUUUGCACAUUGUUCAUACUUUAUUCACGGUUUUGUAGCUUCAAAGUCUCAUUCAUUUUGGUGCAAUUAACAUGCAUUCAUAUUGGCAGUGUUGUGUUUUGUUUGACUUAUUGUGUUAAUUUUUCUUGAUUUGGCAGCCAGACAAGUCCUGCCAUUAUGAUUUCAUGCGUUACACAAUAUAUGAGUUGUGCUACAGUUGUAGCCGCAGGUUAUUAUUUGAGCUAGGCUGUAAAAUGCACAAUUGGGUGUAAUUUUUGUCACUUUUCUCUGAAACAAGCUAUUUAGUGAGAGAUAUUUGUUCUGGUGUGCCAAUACUCCAUGAAUUAGCUUUUCAUAAAAAGUGUCUUCCCAUUUUAUCUCAUAAAAAUAUUCAAUUUUGUAUGUCAUUUUCACACUGAGGUCUUAUUUCAUUAAAUCCAGAUGCAGCUGUUUGUUUGAAAAAAUAAAAGUUCAGUUACUCUU